AUGGCGGCCUAUCCAGAGAGGUGCGUGGACGCCACCGUGCUGGACUUCGUCGCAGACCUGUCCCUGGCCUCCCCGGGGCACCCACUCCUCUGCGACUUCGCACCUGGGGUUCCCUUUGGGGACCGAGACCUUGUGCUCCGAGAGGGAAGACGCAGGAGGCUGGCACGCUUUGAGGAGGAGGAUCCCGAAGAGGAGGGCGAAGUAGACGAGGGGGAGGAGGAGGAGGAGGAGGAAGAGGAACAUGGGAGAGGCGCGUCCCCGCUGGGCCGUCCCAAGAGGAAAAGGGUGAUCACCUAUGCCCAGCGCCAGGCAGCCAACAUCCGCGAGAGGAAGCGGAUGUUCAACCUCAACGAGGCCUUCGACCAGCUGCGAAGGAAGGUGCCCACUUUUGCUUACGAGAAGAGGCUGUCCCGGAUCGAGACCCUACGCCUGGCCAUCGUCUACAUUUCCUUCAUGACCGAGCUCUUGGAGAGCUUCGAAAAGAAGGAAACCGGCUGA